AACAAUAGUAUUUUUUUUUUCUAUUAAUUUGUGAUUUUAUUAAUACACACGAUGCUUAAAAACAUGUGUAGAGUAUGUGGCAGAUAUGCUGCCUAUAAGAAAUCAUUAAGAAUCUUUGAAAACAAAUAUAUGUUGUGGAGCAUCCAACUUCUAACGGGCUUGAUUUUGGAAAAUACAAGUUGUUUGCCAGACCUAAUAUGCAUUUGUUGCCAGACAGAAUUACGAGAGGCAAUAAGGUUUAGCGAAAGAGUAAUAGCGGCGCAACAGCAGCUCCUAUCAGCGUUAACUGAGGAAGAGCUGCAGAAUGUAUCCGAGGAGUAUAAAGUGGCGGUCAUGGAAUAUGCUAGCAGCAGUAAUCACCCACUAAUUAAUAAAAUCAGCUCAGAACCCACGGCUAUAACUGAAGAAGAACCUGCAGCAAAUGAAGAGUUGGUAGUCAAAAUUCAAACGGAGGAACAGGAAAUACUUAUAGAGGAGCAUAAUCAAAAUGAUGAACUUUUGGAAUAUAACAUAAAAAUUGAUGAUGAACUAAUUAGACAAGCAGCUGAAUCACAGGACGUCGAUACCUUCGAAAUAUUGGAGGCUUCAACCAAAGAGCAGCAGCAAAAUGAACUUCUAGACGAUGCCAACGAAAAUUCAAUUACCGAAGAUUUUAUUCUGCCUGAUAAGGACUUAGAUGAGGAGUGUGCGGUUUUGGACAGAGUACUAAACGAUGAGAUCGCCGCCCAAAGUGAGGGAAAGAAAAAGCGCGGCCGCAAACGUAUAGGAAGUCUCAUAUUCGUUUGUGAUGAAUGUGGUAAUCACAUAUCUGGACGCAUGGCCUUUGAACUACAUUGCCGCCGACAUCGUGGUGACAAACAGUUCGAAUGCGACGUUUGCCAGGAUCGUUUUUGCACCAGCUCGGAACUGAAGCGUCACAUUCGUAGGCACACCGGAGAGCGUCCGUUUGGCUGCCAGUACUGUGGCCGUUGCUUCACGGACUACAGUACCCGGUUGAAGCACGAGCGGACACACACAAAUGAACGACCAUAUGUGUGCACUAGCUGCGGCAAGGCAUUUACUACAGCUUACAUUCUAAAGAAUCACAUGCUUAUUCAUUCCGGCGAACGUGCUUUCAAAUGCGAACUGUGCAAUAAAACCUUUUUAAGGCAAACCCACCUGGCCACUCAUUGUCGGUCUAGAGCGCACGAGCGCAACCUGGAGCAACAAACACAAAAAAAGAAAACUAAGAGUUAAUUGAUAUUAAAAAAAACACAUA